UAUUCCAAUUUUCUCUCUCUCUCUCUCUCUCUCUCUCUCUAUACUCUUACGAUCUCUCCCUUUGUCUCUCUCAAAUAUUCUUUUCUUCUGCGAUUUCACUCAAGGAGGUCGCCGCCGACGCCGUAUUCCGCCCAGUACAGGAUGGCAGAAAUCACCGAACAACCUUUCAGACCACGUGAGAAGCUGAUUGAGAAGCAAAAGUACUUCCAAAACGUCCACAAGUACACACACCUUAAGGGACCAAUGGAUAAGAUCACCUCUGUGGCAAUUCCUCUUGCUUUGGCAGGCACCUCGUUGUAUCUUAUCGGUCGGGGGAUCUACAACAUGUCACAUGGGAUUGGAAAGAAGGAAUGAAGCGGAGUUCGAGGCUGAGAAUUUACGUUUGAAAAAUUGGUUAGCUACAUCCAGCUGGUUGGAAUGUGAGACUGGAGUUGUUUUUUGACUUCUUGACUUGUUUUUGUUUGUUAAUAAUUUGCUGAAAGAGCAUAAUCCUAUCCUAUCAUUUGGUGUCAAUGGAAAUUGAAUGUGGAUGUUAAUUUGUGUUUA